AAGUUGGGAAGGCUCGGAAACAGAGAGAAUGACAGCCAUGGAAGGCGUGCUGAUGAGCAAACAACAUUAUAUAUAACUGCGCGAGCAUUACGACUCAAACGCCACUUCGACAAACGUGUAAAAGCCCGAACGAAAAGCUGGGCACACCCUCUCUCUCCUCUCUCUCUCUCUCUCUCAUUAUUGAAGUUUAUCAUCGUUCUCGAGGGCGCAUCCCCGAGAACAUUGGGUGCUGUCUUUGCUUUUUGCCAAGACCCAUCUUCUUCUUCGAUUUCUUUUCCUUCUGCCCAAAGUCCAAGACCCAUCUUCGUUACCCUCCUGCGGACGAUCGUAUCUUGGCUGCUCGAAUUUUCUUCAGCGCGUUUGUCCGUUGGGGGAUGAGGGUUGCCUGAUCGUUAAAGAUCAGUUCUUUUCUCUCAUUGGUGACACCCUCCAUUGCCGGGCGUUUGAGCUUCCUUUUUCUUGAUUCGGGACCUUGCAUCAAUUUGAGACAUUGAGCCACUCCUAAAUCUCAUCCACUUGAAGGAAAUUCGGGGUGGUGGAACUUAGCAUUCCGUCGAAUUUCAAUUGAAGAUGAGAGCAGUAGUUCGGUUAAUUCGCCAAUCUCAACCUGCUUUCUGGCACCAUCAUUAUUACCACUCCUGUAAUCUUGCCAGGAGACACAAACCAUUUGUCUGUUCUAAUUUAACACGAAGGCUGCCCAUGUACUAUGACGAAUUAGCUGUAUUUGGACUACCUAACUUAGAGACCUCAAGAGCUCUUUCUGUCGAUGCUGCUAAAGUCAGUACUGGAGAUGCAAGUCGAGCGGGGCCUCUCAUUGAGUAUGAACGUCGAAUUGCUGAGGGUGAACUCAUGGAUGGUGACAUGUGCCAGGUAGGCACUCUGCAGGAGCUACAGAGACUUUUUGAUGAGCUUGUCGCUUCAGCUGAUGCCUGUAGAUUGGAUCGUUAUUCUGCUUCAGAGAAAUCUGGAAGGAGUCGGUGGUUGUGGUCUCGUUUUAUGCCGCAGAGUACACACUCACCCGUGAAAGGUCUCUACCUAUACGGUGGGGUGGGCACCGGAAAAACCAUGUUGAUGGACUUGUUCUUCGAUCAGCUGCCUCGAAAUUGGAGAAUAAAGAGGAUCCAUUUUCACGACUUCAUGUUAAAUGUCCAUAGCCGCUUGCAAAAACAUAAGGGUGUGGCAGAUCCACUCGAAGUUGUUGCAGGAGAAAUAUCUGAUGAGUCGAUUUUAUUAUGUCUCGAUGAAUUUAUGGUAACUGAUGUUGCUGAUGCCUUGAUCCUUAACCGUCUAUUUGGACAUUUAUUUGCCAAUGGUGCUAUACUUGUUGCAACUUCAAAUCGUGCUCCUAAUAAUCUCUAUGAAGGUGGAUUGCAGAGGGAUCUCUUCCUGCCGUUCAUUGCCACUUUAAAGGAAAGAUGUGUAGUUCGUGAAAUUGGAUCUCUUGUAGACUACAGAAAGAUGACUUCGGCAGAGCAAGGUUCAUACUUUGUUGGCAAAGAUUCAUCUGCAUACCUCCUGCAAAAGUUCCAGCAAUUGAUUGGGGAACACACAAUUGCUAGACCUCAAGAGGUUGAAGUCGUAAUGGGACGGAAACUGAAGGUUCCACUUGGUGCUAAUGGAUGCGCCUAUUUUACCUUUGAGGAGUUAUGUGACCGGCCUCUUGGUGCUGCAGAUUAUUUUGGGUUAUGCAAGAAUUUUCACACCCUGGCAUUGGAUGGUGUACCGAUUUUUGGACUGCACAAUAGGACUGCAGCUUAUCGGUUUGUCACUUUAGUUGAUGUAAUGUAUGAGAACAAGGCUAGGCUACUGUGUACGGCUGAAGGCAGACCACUUGAACUUUUUGAUAGGAUAGUGACAGUUGCAGAUGCACAGAACAUGGCGCCUAGAACCUCUUCGAGGUCAAGGAGAAGUGAUGAUUUGGACCUUUGCGUCGACAAUGAACUUGGAUUCGCUAAAGACCGUACUAUUAGCCGAUUAACAGAGAUGAACAGCAAGGAGUACCUAGAGCACCACACGGCCAUGUUGACGGGGAAGGACAUCGCUGAAGAAAGUAGCAAGGCAAAUGCCUUGACAGGAUGAACAAUAAACUUGAAGACCAGCAAUCAAACUGAUGUAAGCAUAAAUAAUUUGCUAGGACGGGUAUGGCUUUGGCGACUAUACUAACCAUCUACCCGAUGUUGAUCUGAGCCGGUGGAAUAAACUCCCGAUUCUUUGCCACUAGGGGGCCUUAUGUAAUUUAGAUGCGAGCUGUAGCACACUUAAACCAAUUGAGGAGAUUAUACUGAUAGGAUCUUAUGGUCACGGUUCACUGUAUCUUGAGAUGACUAUAGCUUGGAAUUUGAAGGUAUACAUAUGGCAGGCUUCUAGCCAAAAUAAGCAAAUUCAAAGGA